GAUUCGUUUGUAAAGGAACCGUGUCCGGUUUGGCUGUUCGUUUAUGCCGCUCAGGCAGGCAAAGGCCAAAAAGGAGUCUCUGGAGCCGCUGGCUGCCGCCGCGACGGAUGCGGUACGGCAACAACAGUAUCAGGAUAUCGAGGAGCGCCGAUUAAAGGAAUGGGAAAACUACCAGCGAAGCCACCGGUCUGCUGAAAUGCGGAACUGCAGCCGGGCGUUUCUCGACAUCAGUAUCGGCGACGUUCUGACCGGACGCCUCGUUGUCGAGCUGUUUGACCAGGUGGUGCCCGCCACUGUGUCGCAUUUCUGCUCCCUGGUCACGGGGAGUGCCGGCACCGACCCCGCAACUGGGAUUAAAAAGGACUACCUGCACUGCCCUCUCAGUUUCAUCGAAAGGGAACACAAAUUGCUGGUUUUCGGGGAGCGUAAUGUGGCAUGGGUAGACCCUAUCGCCGACGAGAACUUCGCCUUGCGACACGCGGAGCGUGGUCUGCUGACAAUGAUCUCAUACGGACCACAUACCGCGAACUACGCUUUCGGUAUCACACUUGCACCAUCGCCGAGCAUGGACUUUCGUCAGGUAGUGUUUGGAAAAAUCGUGACAGGUCUCUCGGUGCUGGGAAAGCUGGAAAACUUGCCUGUGGACGCAGUAGGGCGCCCGCUGAGCCCUGCUGGCAUCUCAUUCUGCGGUGCGCUUACGGGAAGUCGACCAUCAGGUCGCUGGAACCAGAGCCCGGUGAUAGAGCAGCAUUCCGUAGAAGAGGUGGCAGACCAACAAUGAACAUCCUACAUGACAUAUUCUGAAGCGUUGCGCUCAAGAGUUUGUGCCAAGCCUUUCCUUCCCAUUAAAUGUAAUUUAGUCAAUAUUAGUUAAAUACGCAAUUCUCACUUUUGCUUCCUUGCCCAAGUUUAUGUAUUA